CAUACUUUAUGAAUGUAGAUGUUAGAUGUUUUGAGUUCUACGUUCUACAGCCAGAUUUGAAAUUGUGUUUAAGCAAGUGAAUUUCAAUCAGUGACUUUAAUAUAUGUAUCAGCAGUUUUUACUAGGGUUGUAACGGAAGUCCGCCUCCGCUUCCGCAAUUAAUGAUUACUCCGCAUCCGCCUCCGCUUCCGUUAUUUCUUAUGCGAAGUUAUAACGGAGGUUAACUAGAGGUUCGCUCGCUUAAGUCACCCGUGUGGAAUGGGAAAACUUACGCAAUCGCAUUUAGGUAUCGUUUGUGCGGCGGCCCGCGCCGACGUGGUCGGUCAACUAGCAGUUACACACGUUUCUCGACUCGUACGCGCGUGUCUGUCUUUGCGUUUCGAUUGUUAUUAGUGGAAUAUCCGUAAUAAGUUACUUUUUUAAUUAAAUCCCGUCCGCAAUGAAGCCGAAAACAAGCAAAAUUUGGCAGUAUUUUUUAGCAAUCGACGAUAAUUUUGCGACAUGUAUCACAUGUGGCAAAACAUACUCAAGAAAAGGUCGCACUACCACAUCAUUGAAAGGACAUUUGAGGUCCAUUCAUAUAGAAAAAUAUCAAGAAUUUUGUAAAUUAGAAGAACAGCAUGAAAUUAUGAAAUCGAAUCAGGAAGCGUCAGUUACACCAUUGUUAAAAGUAAAAAGGCAAAUGUCCUUAGAAGAAUCCUCGGAAAUCAAUCAAAUGUGGGAUACAUCUCAUCCUAAAGCACGGAAGAUGGACGAUUUGAUUGGAGAAAUGAUUGCUUUGCAAAAUCUUCCCUUCCAUUUUGUUGAAGGUGUUGGUUUUCGUCGCGUUAUGCAAGAUGCUUUGCCAAAUUACCAAUUAAGGGACCGUAAUUUUUUUACUGAACAUAUAUGUAACGAUAUAUAUGAAAAAAUAGCUGACAAGAUUAGACAUUUACUUAUAAAUUGUCUUAAAAUAUCAUUCACCGCAGAUAUUUGGUCGGAGCCAAGCGUUAAUGUGUCGGUUUUAAGCUUAACAGCGCAUGCAAUUAGUGAAAAUUUUACCCGUAUCCAAAUAGUUUUAAAGUGUUGCUUACUUUAUGACCGAUAUACUAGUGACACAAUUUGUGAGAAUGUCAAAAUGAUGCUACGAGAUUGGAACAUCAAAGACGAGCAAUUACAUUGUUUCAUUAGAGACAGUGGAUCCAAUAUGGUUAGAGCGAUGCAUUUGGUCAAUAUACCUGACGUGAGUUGCACGGUCCACCAACUACAACUGUGUGUUCGGUCUGCAUUCGAAACUUUUGAAGUAAAGGAAUUAAUUGCAAAAUGCAAGAUGAUAUCUGGACAUUUUAAACACUCAAAAAUAGCUCAAGAAGAACUGACUAAAAUCCAAAAAGAGCAACUAACUCAACUUCCUCUUCGCAUAAUUCAAGACUCUGUUACGAGAUGGAAUAGCACAUUCUACAUGAUUGAGCGUUUUUUGAAGAUCAAAGAUUCUCUAUGCCUCUAUGCUAGCAAACAUAAUAUUCCACAAAUCUCCCCAGAAGAGUGGUCGUCUCUUAACAAAAUAGUGUCAAUACUGACUCCAUUUGAAGAAAUAAGAAAUAGUCUAAUUGAUACAAAAACUUGUAUAUCAUCAGUGAUUCCGAUGGUAUAUGUACUGAAACAUACACUGAAACAGGAAAAGGACAAACCAGACACCAAUCAGGUAUUCGAAACCCUCAUUAGUGAACUAAUUGAUGAAUUAAAUUCCAGAUUUUCUGAUUUGUCAACUAAUACUUUGUAUUCUCUUGCUACGUAUUUGGACCCUAGGUAUAAAUUAAAGUUCUUUAAUGAGAUAGAUAAGGUAACUGUACAAUCCGAACUAUUACACUUGCUAGUCUUAAACGACUUGAACGAAGCAAAUACUGCACGAACUGCAAAUGUAAUAGGCGAUGAUGAUACGUUUACAUUUUUACCAAAGAAACCUAAAAUAGAGUUGAAACCGAGCACGAGCUAUCAGGUUUUAUUAGCUACAAAAAGUGUGCAUACAAAUCUGGCAGAAAUGUUAAAAAAUAGCAGUGACGAUGAAGAGAACAUAGAAAGUGACGAUACAACGAUAAAUAGAAACCUCGUAAUUUGGAAAUCACUCAUUAAUGAGUAUAACAAAGAAAAACGACUUCCUUUGGAAGACGACCCUUUGCUGUGGUGGAAAUACCACAUAAAAUACAAAGCUUUUGCUCCCAUCGUUCGCAUAUAUUUGUCAGCGAAGGCAAGUUCAGUUUCGAGUGAACAAUUAUUUAGUGAAGCUGGUUUAAGUUAUGAACCUUUGUGCACUCGAUUGGAAGGUGACGAAGCCGCAAAACGGUUGUUCGUAAAGUACAAUUUGCCUCUUCUCAAUUUCGAUUAUUAGGUAAGUUCUAAGUUACGAAUAGCAGUUUGUCACCUUCUUAUCGGUUUGGCAGAGAUUCAUUACUUACUACAUUACUACUUAAUAAUUGUUAUACAUCAUAUGUGUAUCACAAAAUGUAUCUUGUAAUAAUGUACCAAUCUCUAUUUAAAAAAAACGUAGUUUUAUUUUUUCUUUAUUUAAUAAAUCACAAUUAGAAUUUUAUUAUUCACUUCCGCCUCCGCUUCCGUUGAAUUCCGCAUCCGCACCCGCAACCGCUUCCGGUAAAAUAGCUUCCGUUACAAUACAACGUUCAAUAAUAGUUCACGUCAGAGGUCCCCAGCCUCGUGCUCGCGGGAGCCACGCCCCCGGAUCGAUUCGUAUGUGCUCGCCACUAUUCGGCACGUUUUAAUUUUUGUGGAUUGCUUAGCUAGGUUUAUUCAAUACGUUCGUAUGUGUGCGAUAUUGUACGUAUGACUAAUUUACGUUUUGUAAACAAACAUUUCUCUGAGUGUAUGCAAUUUUAAUAAUUAUUCAAUUACUGUGAAACAUACUUGUUUUUUAAGAAAUAAUAAGAAAAUAAAUGAUGGGAAAAUGAGAAGUUAUGGUAGGAGUUGGUCGAUUAAAAAUAUGCGGUGCCCGCCACGCGACCGAUAUUUGAGAAUGUGCUCUAGAGUACAAAAAUGUUAAGAACCCCGGGUUUACGUAAAUAUAGAUUAUUGAUAUCGUUAUAGAAUUCACAAAAUGAGAGAGUGUAAUGAAGUUAUAGACCGACAUGUAACUUUUCGUUCAGUAGCUGUUUUUUCGUUUAUGUUAUUUAUAUGUCCGAACAGGUUUUACAUGUUUUCUGACAAAAUCAACCGUGACAAUCACAAUGACAUUAUAUGGCAUUUUUGGGCCUCAAAAACCAACCUUUGAAUCGUUUUAAAUUAAAAUGUAGUUAAAAUAUAAUCAUGCCUUAACGUUUUUUACAAAAUUUUUAGUUUAGUAUUUUUAUAUUUAGAUAUUAAAAAUGGGGUGUAUUUGUUGUACGCUGGGUUCUGCAUUUUCAGUUAUUUUAGAUGCACUAGAAAGAAUAUCUAUGUGGACAGUAUGUGCCAUAUUAACUUGUUGUUUAACAAUUACUCUAAUAAUUAUAUUGUUGGUUGGAAUCGGCAUUGGUUAUCACUAUUGUUACGUACAUUACGUGGCUUCAGGAUGGAAUAAUACGAAGCACGCAAAUUAUUUUUACCACGCGUUUAAUAAAUUUAUCAGAGAAAACAUCCAUCGUAUCACAAAACGCGAAUUGAAAGCAAAUGGAAGUACAAGUGUUGAGUUUGGCAACAAAACCUAUUUAGUGGAAGGGACUCCAGUGUAUAAUGUUUCGAAAUCUUACCUUAUAAUGUAAUUUUACAUAAUGUAUAAGGGAAAUGCAUAAAGAUAGUUUAUUAGUAAAUAAAUCUUUUAUUACGUUUAA